AGCGUAGUUUCCAUAUUCUUUCUUUUUUUCACAGUUAAGGCAAGAGAAUGAUAGUUACUGUUUUAUUUUUUAAGUCCUCUUUCUCUUUCUCUUUCUCUUUCUCCGUAGUCAUCUUCACCAUUCACAUUCCUUAAUCACCUUCUCCCUUAAAUUUCUCAUUUUGUUAAUCUCUGCUCUUAUUAUGAUUUCUGGGUUUUGUUGAAUCUAAGGUUGAAGCCUCAGUAGAACAGGAAUAUAUCCUCUUAUUAUUCUCUUUCAUUUUUUUUGUCAAAUUUCAUUCAACCCAAGAAGGAAAGAGAGAAAAUGACUGUGGAGCAAGGAAUUGGAGAAGCCAAAGACCAGUUUCCCAUUGGCAUGCGGGUUUUGGCAGUUGACGAUGACCCAACUUGUCUCUUGCUGCUAGAGACUCUGCUUCGUCGAUGCCAAUAUCACGUUACCGUGACAAAUCAAGCGGUUUCAGCAUUGGAGUUGCUAAGAGCAAACAAGAACAAGUUUGACCUGGUUAUCAGUGAUGUCCAUAUGCCUGACAUGGAUGGUUUUAAAUUGCUGGAGCUUGUGGGGCUUGAGAUGGACCUACCUGUCAUAAUGCUGUCGGCAAAUGGUGAUCCAAAACUUGUUAUGAAGGGGAUUAGCCAUGGGGCCUGUGAUUAUUUGCUGAAGCCUGUUCGCAUGGAGGAGUUAAAGAACAUCUGGCAACAUGUAAUUAGGAGAAAAUUUGAUAACAAAGAUCGGAAUAACUUUGAUAACCAAGACAGGACUCAGUAUGGAAAUGGUGAAGCCACAACAGAUCAGAAGAUCAAUAAAAAAAGGAAGGAUCAGAAUGAAGAUGAGGAUGACGAUCGUGAUGAAAAUGGGCAUGAAAAUGAGGACCCAACAACCCAAAAGAAACCACGGGUCGUUUGGUCAGUGGAGCUGCAUCGCAAGUUUGUUGCAGCUGUUAAUCAGCUAGGAAUUGACAAAGCUGUGCCUAAAAAGAUUCUUGAUUUGAUGAAUGUUGAGAAGCUUACUAGAGAAAAUGUUGCAAGCCAUCUCCAGAAAUAUAGGCUAUACCUAAAAAGGAUCAGCACUGUGGCAAAUCAGCAAGCUAAUAUGGUGGCAGCUUUAGGCAGUACAGAUGCUUCCUAUUUGCAAAUUGGUUCUGCGAAUGGACUUGGAUUCCACAAUUUGGCUGGAACUGGGCAAUUUCAUAAUGCAACUUUCAGAUCUCUCCCACCAAGCGGGAUGCUUGGUAGGUUGAAUUCUUCUGCUGCUCUUGGUAUGCGUGGUCUUCCUUCUCCUGGAGUGAUUCAAUUAGGUCAUUUGCAAACAACAGGCCACCUGAAUAAUAGUCAGGGUCACUUCCAGCCAAUUGGACAUGCUGGAAAUGAUGGGACUGUGCUUCAAGGGAUGCCAAUGGCAUUAGAACUUGAUCAAAUACAAGCUAACAAGGGCGUUGCCUAUAUCAGAGAACUUCCUACUGAUAUUAAUAAUACAGGUGCUUUCUCUGUUUCCAAUGGCUUCCCAGAUACAAAAACAAUGGCUGGCAGUUCAAACAAUCCUUUCCUUGGUGUCUCAAACAAACCCCUAAUGUUAGAAGGCAAUGCUCAAGGGGCUCAAGAUGUCCAAAAGUUUGUAAAACAAACUUCUCUUUCUGUGACCUCCUUAGAUUCAGGAAUUUCUACUCAUUUUCCGGAUAAUCGUACUUGUAAUGACAGCUGGUCAAAUGCUGUUCAGUCAACUGGGGUUCAAUCAAAUUCUUUUUCCUUAAAUGACUGCUUUAAACAAUCUACUUUGCACCCUAACAACAUCAGAGAUAGAAUGUCAACAACGGCUUUGCAAAGUGCGAACAAUCCUGAUGUCUCAUCCAUUUCUACACUGCCAAUUGACUUGCACGACUCUAAGUUGGAUUUACAGUGCCAAGUAACUUCAAUUAGAAAUAAUUCUGGACAAAUAAUUAAUAAUGCCCCACAAGGGUGGGAUGAUCAGAGGCAAGAUGCCACUUUUCAGACCAAUGCUGUAUGUAGUUCAGUAAACUCAGGAGUUCCUAUUCCUGGUGUUGCAAUUCCAAUGGGCCAGAAUUUUGACCCAAAUAAUGCAAUUUUCCACAGAACCACAAGCUUCAAUUCAGAAAGGCAAUCAAAUUUUAUUGAUUCGUCUUUGAUGAAGCAUAAUGAGGUUGAAAAUUUGGCUAUGGAGACGCUAAUUAGAUCAAAUGAAGGGUAUGGGGUAGGCCAACAGAAGCCACAAGGCAGUUAUGUUUCUAAUAAUUUUGGCUCUUUGGAAGAUUUGGCGAGUGUAAUGGUGAAACAGGAACAAGAUAAGGUGACAUUUGCAGAAGGAGAAUUUGGCUUUGGUGCAUAUUCUCUUAGGACGUGCAUCUAAAGCAGAUAUCAGCUGCCGAAAUCCCCAAUGAGAAUGAUCUGCCUUGGAAGCAAGCACAUGCCUUUUUUUUUUUUUUUUUUGCCCCCCUUCGUAUGUAAUUUAUACAUCAUUUAUCUAUGGAUUCCACUCCCUACAUUUUCUAUAGACAGUUGUAUGUUACUAAUAGUGGUCCUAUUUUUAGCAGAGCAAAUUUUUCCAGUUAGCCAUACAAUAAUCUAUGAAAAUUUCUAGGAGCAUCUUUGCUUUUGAACUA